AUGUCACAAACCAGAGGAAGAUAUUAUGAAUUCCGCUCAAUGCAUGGCUUUGCUAAUAUCAAUUUCAAAGAAAAUACACCAACACCAAGUUUAAAAACAUUAAAAGAAGCAUUGCAACAGUGGUGUAGUACCAAAUCAAAAAGAGCUUUGAUUAAAUAUAUUGCCAUAGGAAAGACCACAAAGGGACCAAACAGACAUGCCCAUAUCUUUUUUGAAUUAGAAGAGAUGGCUCAUACAAGAAAAAAACCAUUUAUACAAAUUAACAAUGAACAACAUUUCAUUUUCUUCGAGAAAGUAACAGAGAAUGCUAAUUAUGAUGGAAGUUUUAAGGCUAUUAUUGAAUACCUAAAAAGACAAGCCAAGAAGCAUCCCGAAAGUGGCGCAGUAUUUGAAGAAGAUGGAAAAAUGAACAACAACAGAGGUAGACUGGGGGAUAUUGAUAUAGGUAAAGCUCUCAAAAUGACUGACCUCGAAGAAGCACACGCUUACUUAAAGAAUAUAAGUCUAAAGGGAUAUAUGAAUAACGUUCAGAAAUUCGAUAGCAUGUGGGCACAAGAACAUAGUCGAGACAAUUACCAACGUAUUAAAAUAAAACUUCAACCAUGGAAAGAAGAUAAUCCAGUAGUAAAGAAUAGUAGGAUAUGGUUAAAUUCUGCUCUAAGUGGGAAAACAAAGAGAGUAAAAACACUAGUCAUCGUAAGCGAAACAAAAAUGGGCAAGACUGAGUUUGUAAAUGACUUACUUAAAGAUCUCAAAGUGGAUGAAUUCAGAGGGAGGUUUAUGAUGGACGGACACAACGAAAGCUUAAAAUACGAUAUUCGCAUAUUUGAUGACGCCAACCUUAAUGACAUUAUAUGGCCAGAGUUUAAAUCACUCAUUAGUACAAGAGGAGAGCAAAUAACAGUAAACGUAAAAUACUCUCAUGCCAGAGUAACUUCACUUCCUACUAUACUUGUACUCAAUCCAGGUAGUUGGAAAGCUUUACAACAGACAGCCAAAGAAUAUGAAGAUUUUGAUUGGCUAGAAAAGAACUCUGUAGUACUCCAAACUAAAGAAAAGUUAUUCAAAGAACCACCUCCUAAUCCAGAAUUAAUGCAAGAUAAAAGUAAAUAUGAAGGAUUAGAUCCUAAAUUGGUCGAGAUGUUAUUAGAGAAUGAAGUAGAAGAGGACCUAAUUUUAGAUGACAUGGGAGAUGAUACAAUUGAUGAAUUAGAUGGAGCAGUUGAACAAUUAGAACAAGAAAGUCUACCUCCUCCAUUACAAUUAGAACAGCCAAUAAUAGAUGAAGAACCAACAAAAAGAAUAGCAGUAGACGACCAUGAAAUAUACAAAAAAUUCUUUGAUGUAAGUAAGAAUAUAAUCAGUCAACAAGGAAAAAAUAAAUACAUUACAACCCAAAGUGGGAAAAAGAUAAAGAUUGCUAGUAGAGAUAACAGUGAAGAAGAAGAAAGUGAAGAUGAUCCUGAAGAAUUAGCUAGUAGAUGGACAGGUGGAAAUUUUUAA